UAAAUUAGAAAACCCAUCACUUUUCAACCCUAACCCUAAGCUAUCUCCUCGCACAGCGUCCUCUCGCCGCCGCACUCUCCGGCAGAGUGCAGAGAGAGGGAAUUUGGAUCGAUGGGAAGGGGAAGAGUGCAGCUGAAGAGGAUCGAGAAUAAGAUUAAUAGGCAAGUCACGUUCUCAAAGAGAAUUUUUUUUUUUUUUAGCAGCAGAGAAAGAAGAAGAACAACUCGAGCAUGGCACAAACGCUAGCGAUGCCCGUAGCUCCCUCUCUCGCCCUAAUCUCAAACCAUAGACCUCUUUCCAGAGCCGUCUAUUUCCCUGUUCUCAACCCUCCCAAGGUGAGAGGGUUAAGCAUAGAGUGCGCUCGAGUUGGCGGAGUGGAGAUUCCGAACAACAAGAGAAUCGAGUUCUCGCUACAGUACAUCCAUGGAAUCGGAAGGAGCAGAGCUCGCAAGAUUCUCUGCGAUAUAAGCAUGGACAACAAGGUCACUAAGGAUCUCAGCGAUGAGGAACUCAUCACUCUUAGAGAUAAAGUCUCCAAAUACGUCAUUGAAGGCGAUUUGAGGAGGUUCAAUGCGCUGAAUAUAAGGAGAUUGAAGGAGAUUCAAUGUUACAGAGGAUAGGUAGAUAGGUACGUUUGCUGAAGAAGGCAAACGAAAUAUCAGUGCUAUGCGAUGCCGAAGUCGCACUCAUCGUCUUCUCUUCCACAGGCAAGCUCAUCGAAUAUUCCAGCGAU